AUGGAUAAUAAUACAUUAACAUUAACUUGUCUGAUGCUGAUGAUGUUGAUGCUGUUGCCACUGAUCUGUCUGAGUCAAGAAAUGUGGCAAGCGGAUGACGAGGAGUCACAAAAUUUGGCCGAUCAGCUGGCGGAUGCAGAGGCUCAUGUUCAAACGGAUUUCGAUGGCAAUGCUCCACAUAUACGCAAAAAACGUCUAGUCUGGAUAACAGACGACGGACGUUUGGCAUUGCCGCCGGGCACAUCGCUAACAUUUACACCAACAAUUGCCAUGCCAUUGGUUAGGCAUCCACCCGAGGGCUUCUUCUCUAAUCUGACCAUCAGUUUUCCAGUCACAAUUGACUUUGAUAAGCUGGGACUGACGGAUAAUCAAAAUCCUUUGGGUGAUUUGCCCCCCUUCUUUGCCCGAUCAUUUGGCCAUGAAGCUGGCCAUAUGCUGGGGGACUAUGUUGCCAGGUAUUUGCAUGUCCAGCGACGUAAAAGAGACCUCAACGAGCAGAAGAGCAGAAGUGGAGAGAAUCGGCCAUAUAAAAUACAUGAAGAGAUUCCUAACUAUCCGGAAUUACCUGCCGGACUUCAGCAUUUUUUCCAUGGUGGCGAAAGGGUUCUACUCUAUGGUGUAGUGGAGGAUUUUCUGGCCACCUUUGGCAUGGAUGGAAAGGCAUGUUUGUUGCGUACAAUUUGUGAAAUGCAUUCGAGAAGUCUGGAGAAAUUUGGAGUUUUUGGUGAAAUGACAAAAUUGUUUUUAACGGUCACCAAAUCACCGUUUUCUGAAUUACUGCCCGAAUAUGUACAGGCUCAGCAUGUGGGUGAGGGCAAACAGGCGCCAGGUGAAUGUUUUCCCUACUACAAGGCUUGUCCCAAAAGCAUUUUCAAGGCUUUGGCUAGUAAAUAUAGCAAACCCACCAAAGCCACAACAACAAGGACGACAACAGCCCGACCUAUGGGUGAAUACCACGAAGAGCAGGUUAUACAACUGCCUGUUAGCUCAAUUGAUAAUGAUAACGCUCCAGUUAUCAGCAAUAACGUCUAUAUGUAA